AUGACAUCUCCAUCGGAAUACCUGAGCAGUGUUUGGCAGCAAUAUGUGCCACAAGGUCACGAAAAAGCUCUGAAACAGGCUGUGUAUACAACAGCCUCCAAUUUCUUGAUUCUAGUUGCAAUUGCUGCAGUGAUUUCAGUGUAUUUUAUACUAGAAGCUUUUCUUAGACCUUUGUUAUGGGCGGUAUUGUGUGGAACAUUUCUCUAUCCUUUAAAACGGUCACUGACAAAUUGUAUUGUACAGUGGAUGAAGGGACUAAAGAAUUCUGGAACUCCAAUUGCAGUUGGUGUGACCAUCUUGCCACUAACAGUUCUCAAUAAUUUUUCAAAUAAACUGGGUGAAUUUAUAAACACAAACUUCAAAACCGUGUUAAGUGUUGCGAUUGGACUGCCAUUGAUAUAUUUGGUGUACCACUUUGGUCCUUUACAGAAGAUCCUAUCAAUUGCUACAUUUAUGUUUUGGUUUUUGUAUGACUUACUGGAUUAUUUUAGCUCUCUAUGGAUCUGGACAAUAUUUAUAGCUUAUAUUUUAGUUCUGAUAUUUUUUUGGACUCCAGAAUCUCACCAAACUCUGUCCUAUUUAUCGAUUCCAGUAUGGGUAAUAUUUACUCUUCAUAUAGCGACUAUUGCUGGAUCACUGAGGGUCCCCUUGCUCAUAGCAAUGAUUGCAGUUAUGAUUACUGGAUUCAUUACUGAGGUUCGUGGAGAAAGUAAUCAAACCACAGAAGAAACUGAAUCAGAGGAUACCCAAUCUGAGAAGAAACCAGAAGUCUAUACAAAGCCUGAAGUUGACACAGAAUGGACAUUUAAGAGAUUGUCUGCAACCACCAAGGAUUCAAGUGAAUUGGAAACCACAUCUUUACCUUCAUUAGAAAAACCUAAACCAAGUUCAUUAACACUCAAAACGACAAAAGCAGAACCCUCUGGCAAUUCUUUACCAAAUCAAUGUUUUAUUGCUGUUUUAUGGGGACAUAUACUGGUUCGUUUAUGGAUGCAUCUGUGGGUUAUUUUGUUAUUUUUCGUAUUGCCAUUAGUGAUAAUGCUCUUUAAGAAGCUUGGUGCUGCUGUCAGUAGUGAAGGAAUGAUGGGAGAGAAGAUAGAAGAACUGAAAACAAAGGCCAAUGAUUGGUUUCAGUCACGAAAGGAUGUGCUAGUACCAAGAUCUGUAAGAGGAUUAAUAAAGUUGGCUCUGAAAGGAGAUGGCAAAAUUAUUUCAGUUUUAGAGACUGGAAUGGAUAAGAUGACAAGUAUCUUGUUGAUAUUGGCUCUAGUAAUUGGAACCAUAAUGUUUACUGUAGUAGGAGUUAUACAGAUUCACCAAGAAAGUAUGCUGAUGGUUUCAAUGACCAGUACAUUACUGAAUGAUACUCUACAUCCUGAGAUUAGUCAGUGGCUGCCCGAUCAGAAAGACAUGUCUGAUGCAAUGGAUUCAAUGGUAGGAAAUGCUUAUAUCUAUGGAAGAGAUUGGAUUGUUCUGAAGGUUCGAGAGUUAGUGGAUGAUGGUCAAGUCAACAGCACACACAUUGAGCAGCAGGUAUUAGAGGUGUGGGACACAAUAUUUAAUGCAUUACGUUCUCAGAGCACUGUUACUGUUACUAAACAAAAAAGAAAUGAUUUAUUUGAUAUGUCCAGUGCUGUAGCUUUCGUUCAAGAAAAUAUUGGUGUAUUUAUGUCUGUAUGGGACUCAGUUUGGAGUGUAAUUAAAGGGAAUAUGAAUUUAGUUUCUCAAAUUCUUUCUGCUAUCAUAUCAAUGAUACUUGGUGGUGGGACAGCCAUUUUGAACUUUGUUCUUUCUGCCGUUAUCUUUUUAACCACACUAUUCUAUUUAUUGGCGUCUAGUGGUAAAACAUAUAAACCUGUUGAAUGGUUUACGAGCGUAAGCAUGAGCUCAGGAAGUGGCUCUGGGUUCGGUCAAGCAGUAGAAGAAGCAAUUAGUUCUGUUUUUAUGGCAUCGUUAAAGAUGUCAGCUUUUUAUGGAUUUUUUACUUGGUUAACUCAUGUUGUUUUGGAUGUGGAUAUUGUUUUCAUACCAUCAGUUAUGGCUGCUGUCUUCGGGGCUGUACCGUUUGUUGGUACAUAUUGGGCUGCCUUCCCAGGGGCUCUGGAACUGUGGGUGCUGAAAGGCGAAGGAGUUAUGGCAAUCAUGCUGAUAGUUAUUCAUAUGCUACCAGCAUAUAUUGUUGAUACAGCAAUUUACAGUGAAAUUAAAGGAGGGCAUCCAUUUAUGACAGGUUUAGCCAUAGCCGGUGGUAUGUAUUGCUUGGGAUUGGAAGGGGCGUUUAUUGGUCCUAUUCUACUGUGUUGUUUAAUUGUUGUUGUUAAUAUGUAUGGUAAUAUAUUACACCCUGAAACUUCACCAUCUUCUGUUUAUAAUAAGAAAGCUUCCACUUUCAGUAUGUAAUUUUUAAGAUCAUAUUACUGAUACAAAAUAUCUUUUUUGGCUUACAGUCAAUGGAGUGAUUACAUUAUAUGAUCAUGCAGAAUGAAAUUUCUCACUUGGCAUUUAUUAUCUUAUAGAAGAUUAAAUUGGCAAUGUUGUAGUUUAAUAAGGAGUUUGUUAAUGAAAUACAUUUGUUUUAAUAUUUACAAACACUGUACACAGCAUUUUAUAUUGGUGGCACUUUAAGGGCAAAUUCUAUGCUUAGUUAGCACUUUUUCAACCAAGUAAAAUGUUUUCCUGUGUCUUGGCAAUAUAUCAGAAUACUCAAUUAGUAUAGCAUACUGAAUGUUGUGUGCAUUGUGUAUUAAGAAAUGAAUUAUCUGCAUAAUUUCGUGUAAUAUUAAGCAUAAUGUAGCUUAUAUUGAUUUUUAGAUACUG